AUGGAGCGAACCACUAAGCUCUUACCCGAAGGCAGGUGGGAGACUGGCCUGCUUUGGAAGUCUGACGAUCUUCAGCUGCCGGACAGCCUACCGUUGGCUAUGAGCCGACUCAACGGUGUCCAGAAGAAAAUGGUGAGGUACCCAGAGUUUGCUUCUCAGUACAGGUCUAAGAUAGAAGAGAAUUUGGACAAAGGGUACAUCACGAAAAUUCAACCAGGAGAUCCUGCGACUAAGACUAGGAUCUGGUACUUGCCGCAUUUUGCAGUCUUCAACCCCAACAAACCGAACAAGCUGCGGAUUGUUUUAGACUGUGCUGCGAAGUCUGGUGGUAAGUCAUUUAAUGAUUUCCUACUGCGAGGACCUGACUUUUUGACAUCACUACCAGCAGUCUUAUUAAAGUUCCGGACAGGCAAGUUUGCUGUGACAGCGGACAUACAGGAAAUGUUCCACAGAGUUCUCAUCCGACCGGAAGAUAGACAUGCUCAGAGAAUUUUGUGGGAUGGCGAAACUUACAUCAUGAACGUCAUGACCUUUGGUGCUGUAUGCUCGCCGUCAUCAGCACAAUUUGUUAAAAAUAUAAAUGCUCGUAGGUAUGAGACGACAAAACCUGAAGCAUAUAAAGCAAUUGUUGAUCACCACUAUGUCGAUGAUUAUAUCCACUCUUUCGAUCAUGAAGAUGAUCUGAUCCGGGUGGUGGAUGACGUGGUACACAUUCAUGCUUCAGGUGGGUUUAACUUACGUAAUUUUGUAUCGAACUCAAAACGUUUACUAGCUCAUUUACCGGCUGAGAAACUUGCCCCGAGCUGUCUGAAAAUCCUCUCAGACGUUAAAGAUGACCAGGUUGAAAGAGUACUCGGAGUGCGUUGGGAUCGAGAGACUGACGAAUUUCUAUUUCAUUUGAAGUUCCCGAAGGUGAGCGAAGCUAUUAAGACAGGCAUUAAAAGACCGACUAAACGCGAAGUGAUGAGACUUAUUAUGUCUCUAUUUGACCCGUUAGGUUUUUUGCUUUACGUCAUCGUGAAAGGUCGUAUUCUGCUGCAGACCAUAUGGAAGUCAAAUGUUGGUUGGGAUGACGAAGUUGAGCUUAGCCAGUUUGAAAAAUGGCAGUCUUGGUUGACUGAGCUUCAAAAGACCAGUGAAUUCAGGACUCCACGUUGGUUGUUUAACGACGGAUGUGGCAAGCAAGAACCGCCAGAACUUCAUAUUUUUUGCGAUGCAAGCAGCAAAGCUUUCGCCAGUGUGGCAUAUUUACGAGACAGAACGACUGAUGGCAAAUGGCACGUGUCUUUUGUCAUUGCACGCGCACGUGUUGCACCUCUUAAAGUGAUGAGUAUCCCUCGACUUGAGCUACAAGCUGCGCUUAUGGGAGCAAGACUAGCUCACUCUUUGAAGAAAAAUAUAGACGUGAGUACCGUGACCUACUGGUCUGACUCAAAGACCGUGUUAAGUUGGCUUAGGUCUGACAGUGGCCGUUUCAAGCCUUUCGUAGCCCAUCGCGUCAGUGAGAUUUCUGAGCUGACUGAGGUCAGUCACUGGAGGUGGGUACCUUCAGGACUAAAUGCUGCAGAUGACGCCACAAGGGAGGCUGUUGCCGAGGACAACACACGAUGGAUGAAUGGACCGUCAUUUCUACGUGAGCCCAAAGAGACCUGGCCACAAGAUGAUUCUGUCAUAAGUCUGGACCCUGACGACGUCGAGGUUAAGGUUAACACCAUUACUCUAAUGACUGUAGAGCUACCCGAUGACAGUCGAUUUUCCCGAUACUGGAGACUUAUCAGGAGCACCGCUUGGUUUAUGCGUGCAGUACACAACUGGAUGCACAAGAGUAGCAAGCGACACGGUGAGUUGACAGCCGACGAAGUUAAAGCAGCGGAGCUAAUCUGGAUCAGAGAAAGCCAAAGACGAAUGUUCUCAGACGAUAUAGAAAGUGUCAAGAAAACCGGACAAGUGAAGCGAGAUUCGCCGCUCCGUCAGCUUACACCAUUUUUAGACAAGGACGGCAUCCUCCGUGUUCGUGGGAGGAUCUGCAGAGCAGAUGGUGAUAACGAUUUCAGGCACCCUAUAAUUUUGAAUCCAAAAGACAGAUAUGUCAAAUUACAACUUAUGCAGUAUCACGUGGACUCAGCACAUAAUGGACGCGAACGUGUGCUGCAUGAAGUGAGACGACGAUUCUGGAUAAUAAAUGGACGUAAUGCAGUAAAGAUGACAUGGAAUGACUGUCAGUUCUGCAAGAACAGUCGUGCAAAGCCCUCGCCACCACUCAUGGCUGAUUUACCAGAUGUUAGAUUGAAGGAGGUCAGUCGACCUUUCACUUACACCGGGUUAGAUUAUUUCGGUCCAAUCAUAGUGAAGGUUGGACGUAGACACGAGAAAAGAUGGGUAGCACUAUUUACAUGUCUGACAGUUCGCUCUAUCCAUCUGGAGUUGGUUCAUGAUUUGACAACCAGCUCCGUGCUGAUGAGCCUCAGACGGCUGAUAGCGAGACGAGGCUGUCCAAGUAUUAUUUUCAGCGACAACGCGACUACCUUUCGUGGGGCUGACCGUGAACUGAAGCGAGCUGUACAAGCUAUCGACAAAGACGAACUCAUCACCUUCGGUAGCCUCCGACACUUGGAGUGGCGAUUCAUAGCCCCUGACGCACCUCAUAUGGGUGGAUGCUGGGAGCGGCUCGUGAGAUCCGUCAAAACAAGCUUGCGAGUAACGCUCAAGACCAGAACACCUAACGAUCAGACUUUAAUGACACUCCUGGCUGAGGCUGAAUUCAUGGUGAAUUCAAGACCACUGACAUACGUACCUCUUGAUUUUGACGACGACUUGCCCUUGACUCCGAAUGAUUUUUUACUACCAAAGACAGAAUUUAUUGACCAUCCUUUCGGAAUGUUUACGGACCAUGAUUUACUGAAACGGACUUGGAGAGAAUCUCAACGACUUGCAGACUUGAUUUGGAAACGCUGGGUCAAGGAGUACUUGCCCACUUUGACACGACGAGACAAAUGGUACAGAGAUUCUGACAGACCACUGGCGAUUGGUGACGUCGUAGUUGUUGUUGACUCCCAGCUACCCCGCAACCAGUGGCCGCUUGGCAAGAUCGAGCAGGUCUUCCCUGGUAAGGACGACAUGGUUCGCGUUGCUAAAGUUCGGACCAGACAUGGACUCUACACAAGACCGGCGACGAAACUGUGCAGGUUGGACGUACACUCCUCAUCUUGA